AAAACUUUCUUCAAUUCCUUAUUGUAAUUAUUUCUCACUUCUUUUUGUUCUCAAACUUUCAAAAAUUCAUCAAAUUAACGUCGAAGCUAGUUUUAUUAAUGGGAAUAUUCAUAUUCAGUUAAGAGAAAAUCUCAAAGAGCAAAAGAAGUAUGUCGGAUGACGAGGAUCCUUAUCCUAAUCCUGAUCCUGAUCCAGUAAGCAUUCUGCAAAGGAUAGAAAAUGAGCAUGGUGACUUGACGAAUGAAAAAAAGAAGGAAAUCAAGUUGAUUAAGACAGAGUUAUGGUUUCUUGGUAGAUUUCUCCUCUUGAGGUCUAGUUCCUACAGUGAAACCCAUCAAAUGCGGAUUAGAAGUCUUCUGCUAUAUGCAGCAGAUCUGUACAGCUCUAACUUUGAUACGGAUCCCUCUUAUGUGCUACGAGCGAUUGAGCAUUUCAAAUACAUUAUCCCAAAUGUGUAUAAUGAUUUUGCAGAAACUCCAGCUCCAGUUACUACUCCUCUGACUCACGUACAUGUGCUGGAAUACAUAGACAACGUUGUACAGAAUCUGAAGGACCUGCUGAUUGUUCGCCUUGUCGAGCAUCCUUCUGAUGAACAAUAUCAACUGGAAGUAGUUGAAAAGGAGUUGAAAGCACUGAAGAAGUUUGUCUUCUUUCUGGGAGAAAUAUGCAUUUCUAAACAACAAAUUAACUGCUGGCAAACUUUCUUGCUUCAUGUUAAAUUUGUGGCUACCCUUGCAGCAAUUUUUUUAUACUUGCCUUGUGACGAUAGAUUUACUUAUUUGCUGAAUAAGAUUAAGCCUAUUGAGCGAGACGUCCAAGUCAUCUACACUGAGGUCCUGAAAUAUACUUUGAAGUUAUUAUCAGCUCGCAGUAGCACUCAUAUCAACUUGGACCUAAAUAGUAAAGCCACCCAUGAAUUCAUGGAUUCCCUUCUGCACAUGCACAUGGAGUUAAUACGGGAUUCUUCAUUGACUAUGGAUCAGAAUUAUACUCUUCCUGAACAGUUUAACUGUUUGAGAAAUUUUCUCGAAGAGUUACCAUUGGUUAACGACAUUCAGGAUGAGAUGAGGAUCCAUUUCUUCAAACGUCUAGUGAUGGUGGUCAUUCAUGCUGGACUUGUUGUCCACUCGUUGGGUGAUAGCAGCAAGGACGAUUGGCACCAAGAAUUGCUUCUUCUCAAUGACAUGAUUCGGUCCGUCAAAACCGAGUUUUACCACAAGAUCCGAGAGUGGGUAACAUCUCAUUUGCCCAAGAAUGAUAAAUUGGGCUUUUCCAAUUGCCUUCUUGAUAGCUUGAAGGAGUUCCUGUCUGGCCAUUCUGCUUCACUUGCUUCUGUGAAGGAUCAAUUUGAAGUAGUCCAUGAGGAGCUUAACUUUUUCGAGCCUUUCAUCAUGCGUGUAGAAGAACAAGGCAAUAACAAGCGUAACGAACUCCAAAAUCUUGUUGGAAGAGUCGUUGAUAAGGCUUAUGAGGUCGAGUACAUACUUGAUUCUUUUGCAUUUAGUGAUGUACCGCUUACUUUUCUUAAGACGUGGCUCUUGGAAAUCAUAAGGGAGAUUGAGCUCAUUAAGACAGAGUUGACCAAACCCAAGGAGAAAAAUAUGACAAGUGCCUCCCAUGCUACCGACGGAGAACUGGUUGGUUUUAUGGAUGUCUGUAAAACUAUAAGAGAUCAACUAGUUGGAGGAUCACAAGAACUUGAUGUUGUUUCCAUUGUGGGUAUGGCAGGAUCAGGCAAAACGACCCUUGCUCGAAGUUUUAUCAAUGAUGACGUAAUUGUUUCUCAUUUUGAUUUCUGGGCAGAGUGUCGUGUUUCACAAGAAUACACGCGUGAAGCCUUGCUGUUUUCCAUUUUGAGUUCUGCUAAUUCUGGGCUCACUGGUAUUAGUAAAAGAGGUGCUGAUGUAUUAGCUGAUAAACUAAGAAAAACUCUGUUGCCAAAGAGAUACCUCUUAAUUAUUGACGAUGUGUGGGAAGCAAAAGCAUGGGAGGAUUUGAGAUUAUGCUUUCCUGAUGCUAAAAAAGGUAGCAGAAUAAUUCUGACGACCAGACUUAAAGAAGUUGCUGUGUAUGCGAAAUGUGUCACUGAACCCAUAUACUUGCGUAGUCUGGAAGAUUCAGAAAGUUGGUUGUUAUUACAAAAAAAGGUAUUUGGGGAAGAAAUCUGCCCAGAAGAGCUAAAAGAAGUUGGGCAAAACAUUGCAUUCAAGUGUAAUGGGCUGCCACUUUCCGUUGUAUUAGUGGCUGGUCUUCUCUCAAAGAUUGACAAGACAGAAAGAUGCUGGACGCGGAUGGAAUUAAGUUUUGGGGAAAGAGUGCAGGAUGGUGCAAAGGAUUUAGUAAAAUUAAGUUACGAUGAUUUACCUAACAAACUAAAAUCAUGCUUUCUAUAUUUCGGAGCAUUUUUAGAGGACAGAGAGAUUUCAGUGUCAAAAUUAACAAGCUUAUGGAUUGCUGAGGCAUUCAUAAAAAACAAUGAGGACAAGUGUUUGGAGGAUACGGCAGAAGAUUACUUGGAGGAUCUUAUUGGAAGAAACCUCAUUAUGGUAACUAAGAGGAGAUCAAUCGGGAAGAUCAAAGCAUGUCGUGUGCACGAUCUAAUGCUCGAUUUCUGCAAGGAGAAAGCUAAGGAAGAUAAUUUCCUUUUGUGGCUAAAAAGAGAUCACAAAUCCAAUCCUCCACGUUUUUAUUCUGAAAGGCCUAUCCACCGCCGCUUAUCUGUUUGUUCUAAUCGGGAUGAUCUUUCUGAGUGGAGGCCAUCAUGUUCGCACGCUCGUUCUUUAUUAUUCAGGGAGCUUAGCGAUAAUGCAUGUUCAUCAAUGGGACAUGCCUCUGCCAUCUUUGGUAAUUUCAAAUUUCUCAGGGUGUUAGACUUGGAGGUCGUUCUUGUAGAUUCUUUUCCCACUGAACUUAAUCAUCUAAGGUACCUCGCUGUUCAAACUACUAAGAGUUCUAUUCCAUCAUCUAUAGAAAAUCUUUGGAAUCUUCAAACAUUCAUAGUCAAAAGAAAUGGAGGACAGGUAUGGCUGCCAGAUACUUUUUGGAAGCUAAGUAAGUUGAGAUAUGUUAGCAUUAGUGAUAGCGCUUUGUUUGAUUUUCGUGGUGCACAAGAAUCCCAUGAUGGGAACUCCUCAAAACUGGACAAUUUGGAAACAUUUUCCUCAAUUUAUGUUUCCAGGGCGAACAAUAUGGAGAGGAUGGUAAGAAGAACACCCAACCUUCGAAAGUUAAGAUGUGUAUUUACUGAUUUAGGGCGUUGGGGAAAGAAUGAAAAUCGGUUUCCUGUAUUAGACUCAUUAUCUCGACUUGAAACGCUAAAAGUAGUCUUCAUUGGUAUCUUGGAGAUAGGUCCUUCAAGAUUAAACUUUCCACAGAAUCUCAAGAAAUUGACAUUAUGCAAAUUUCCUUUGCCACCUGCGGAAAUUUCAACCAUUGCCAAACUUGUCAACCUUGAGGUACUUAAACUGCAACAAGUUGCCUUUGAAAUGGGCGAAUGGGAAGUGAGAGAUAGGGAGUUCUCUCAGCUCAAAUUCUUGGAACUAGAAAAUGUCAAACUCUCAAAAUGGGAAGUGUUUGAUGAAGCCUUCAAUUGCCUUGAGAAAUUGGUUUUGCAUGGAUGUUUAUAUCUCGAAGCUAUCCCUGAUUGUUUUGAGGACCUAGAUUAUUUGCGAUACAUUGAGGUAAAAUCAUGCAGUGAAGAUGUUGCCGACUCAGCUAGGAUUAUCAAAGAAGCAAGAGUUGAUAACGGCUACAAAUGUGACGUUAAAAUCUUUUCUUAGGAUUAAAGUAUUAAGGCUGCAACCUUUAGUUCAUUUCCAAUCUGAUUGCAGCUAUUCUUUGUUGUUGCUGGUUUUAGCAGAGAGCUGGUUCAUGUUAUUUGUUGGUGGCUGAUGAGAUAGUUGUUGGGGCAGCAGCAGGUUCUUUGUCUCUCUACUGCAUGUUAUACUUUUGGGGCUUGUUGCACUAGUAGUCUUGGGAACUUUUCUGAAUGAGUGAUGACUUUAUGUCCUCUUGAUGUUUAUGGAUAAGUUGUGUCUUUAUAAAUUGAUUUAUAAAUGAAUUCUAGAUGCAAGUUUCCCAAACACAGUCAAGUAUUAUUAACUUAUCCUAUAUAUAUCAAGUGCUCGAUAUUAAUAAAUGAUUUAAUUGAGUAGAAACCAUAUCUAUUGACAA